UGAAACCACCUCUUGGACCAAUUGGCGGCUUGGAACUAGGCGUUGGCAUUUGAAACCGCCCAAUCAGAUGGGUGUUCUGGGAUCUGUUCCUUAAAGAGAGCACUGAGGGAGAAGGCGGCAAGGAGCAACGGACAGUAGUCUGCGAGCGGACUACAAGAUGACUGGGUCCAAUGAAUUCAAGUUGAACCAACCUCCUGAAGAUGGCAUCUCCUCGGUGAAAUUCAGCCCAAACACAUCCCAGUUCCUGCUGGUCUCAUCCUGGGACACCUCCGUCCGGCUCUAUGAUGUCCCUGCCAACACCAUGCGCCUCAAAUACCAACACACUGGCGCAGUCCUCGACUGUGCUUUCUAUGAUCCGACACAUGCUUGGAGUGGGGGAUUGGAUCAUCAGUUGAAAAUGCAUGAUUUGAAUACUGAUCAAGAAAACCUUGUUGGAACCCAUGAUGCACCUAUUCGUUGUGUUGAAUAUUGUCCAGAAGUGAAUGUUAUGGUUACUGGAAGUUGGGAUCAAACAGUUAAAUUAUGGGAUCCCAGAACUCCUUGUAAUGCAGGAACCUUUUCUCAGCCAGAAAAGGUUUACACGCUCUCUGUGUCUGGAGACAGAUUAAUUGUGGGGACAGCUGGCCGCAGAGUGUUGGUAUGGGACUUGAGGAAUAUGGGCUAUGUGCAGCAGAGAAGAGAGUCUAGUCUGAAAUAUCAGACUCGUUGCAUACGGGCAUUUCCAAACAAGCAGGGUUAUGUGUUAAGCUCUAUUGAAGGCCGAGUGGCAGUUGAAUAUUUGGACCCAAGUCCUGAAGUACAGAAGAAGAAAUAUGCAUUCAAAUGCCAUAGACUGAAGGAAAAUAAUAUAGAGCAAAUUUAUCCUGUCAAUGCCAUUUCCUUUCACAACAUUCACAAUACAUUUGCUACAGGUGGAUCUGAUGGAUUUGUUAAUAUUUGGGAUCCAUUCAACAAGAAACGAUUGUGUCAAUUCCAUCGGUAUCCCACUAGCAUAGCAUCACUUGCCUUCAGUAAUGAUGGGACCACACUUGCAAUAGCAUCAUCAUAUAUGUAUGAAAUGGAUGACACCGAACAUCCUGAAGAUGGUAUCUUCAUUCGCCAAGUGACAGAUGCAGAAACAAAGCCCAAGCAUUUCCUCUCUCAUCAGAUACUACCAUUCUAAUGGUCACUGCUAUCUUGCUCCAGUGGACUUUGCUACUGACUGGUUGCCAGUGAGACCUCAGAUGGCUUUGAUGGAUCCUUUGAACUCAUGUGGUUACCUGGGCUCUUUUAUCUCAGCAUACUGCCUUCAUCUGAGAUCAAGAAAGAGUGAACACAAAAGAAACACAAGUUCUCUGUAUUCUGGGACACACAGAAGCCAGGUGGGAAAUAAGUCAGCUGCUUCUCUUUCAUCCAGUUGAUCAGGACAUGCCUUAUCCUCACUUCCCGGAAGGAAAAGAGACCUAGAAAUUGUCAACAUGUAAAUGAAGUUUAAACUUAGCUCUUCCUCAGUUCCUUUCAGUUCUGUAGUCAGUUAGAAAACUUAUCAUCAUGCAGAACUACUCAGUUAGUCAUGUUUGACUGGAACAAGACCUCUAAAGUUUCAUAUGUUGGAUUAGAACUAGGCAUGGAAUAUCUGCACAUACUUUGCCUACCCUACUAAAAAGGACAAAUCUGAGCAUACCCUAAGGACCAGGUCCUCAGUGGCUAGUCUCUCUACUAAAAAAAGUAUAAAUUUGCAGGUAGUCUAAUUUCAUUGAAUAGAAAGGAAAGAGAGAUAUGGUAAGAGAUCUUAACAAUGAUCAAUAAAAAUACCCUUCCUGUUAUUCACAAGAUGUGACCAGUAGAGAACUAAUUCUUUUUUUAAAUAAAAUUUUAUUGAUAUGUUAGUUCUACAUUGUCAAAAUUAACCCUGUACUCUCCCAGAGAGCCAUUCCAUAUUAAAAAAAAAUUUUUUUAAAGAGGAAAAGCAUGCAAAGUUGAUAAAUAUAUCACUAAAAAAAUGUGAUAACAUGCACCAUGUUGUGCAUUUGUUGGUCACCUCCUCUGCUCUUUAAAAGGGAUUAGGAAAGUAUCUUUUCUUUGGAGCCUACCCUGUGUUCUUUGUAAUUUUACAGUAUUUAUUUUCAAUUGUUUUGAGGUUCUUUUUCAUUUACAUUGUAUUAACCAUAGUGUAUAUUGUUUUCUUGGCUCUCAUUGUUUCACUUUGCAUUAGUUUAUAUACAUGUUUCAUAAUUCUACAGUAUAGUAAUAUUCUCUUAUAUUCAUGAACCAUAAUUUGUUUACCACCUCUUAGUUGGUGGUUGCUACUUAGUUUUUUUGAUAUUGUAAAAAAGUGCUGUUAUAAACAUUUUUGUUUCUAUGAGGUCUUUUAAAAAUUGUUAUUAAUAACCUCCUUGGUGAUUACUAAGCAGUGAAAUCUUUGUGUCGAAGGUAUUGACAUUUUAGCUACUUUAUUUGCAUAAAUCCAACUUACUUUCCCAAAUUAUUAUACUUAUUCAUAACUCUACCAACAAUGUAUUAGUAUGUCUCUCUUCCUGCAACCCUUCCCACACCUGAUUUUCAUUUUUAUCAUCUUUUACAACUUUCCUGGGCAUAAAAUGAAAGAGGAGGAUUGUUUUGUUUUGUGUUUAUUUUAUUAGUAGUAAUUUGGAGCAUUUAAAAAUAUUUGCUAAUAAUUUUGAAAAUUGUUCAUUCAUAUCCUUUGACCACUUUUCGGGAAUGACUUUUGGGCAUAUAUUUCUGUUAGAUGUCUAUAUAUCUUGGACACUAAAUCCUUAUCUGUUAAAUUUGAUGCAAAGAUUAUUUUUCUCCCUUCUACCACUUCCAAUCUUGGUUUAGAUAUAUUAAUUUGUUUCUGUAAAAGCCUUUCAAUUUCUGUUUUAUCUUUUAAAAUGAUCUGUUUUAUCUUUUGCAAUUGCCUCUAUCUCUUGUUUGGUUAAAAUACAUUUCUUGGGUAGACAAGCCAACAUAGUUCAGGAAGUAGGAAGAAGUAGUGGUUAAACUCCCCCACCCCUUCCCCACUACUCACUCCAACACAUUUGAAUAGAAACUAUACAAUACCAGCUUUCUAGCCCAGGUUCACAAAGUUUGCAUGCAGGUGAGUGAUGAGGGAAGGAGCCAUAUAAUAGGGGUGGGCUGAUAUCAUAUAUUUGGCCUCUGAGUCAGGGCAGUGGUACAGAGAUGCCCAGAGCUAAACCCAGAUACAGCACCAUCCCAAGCUAAUAGCAAGGGGUAGCCAGCCUCUCAUAUGGUGGUCAGAACUUCAAAUUAGUUCAUCCCAGAGCAAAUCAAGGAAUCCACCUCUACCCAACCCAGCAGUCAGGAUGGGCAGUACAGACUCGGCCUUCCUGGUAGACACCCAGAAGAAGCUGAUUACUCAGUCCUAGAUCAACAAUAAAAUCAACAGUAAAAGGCCUCCCAAAGGAAGCCUUGUAUUCCCAGGAGCACUGACUCAGCCCUAACCUAGACUUCGCAUAGAUCAGUGCUCAGAGUAGGUCUUGGACUCAAUUUCCUUUGCACAGGAAAGCAGUGCAAAGUUGUCUCCCAUGGUCAUCAGAUCACUGUCUCAGUCAUACACACACACAAAAUCUCCCAGUUUAUCUACCAAAUUUGGAAGUGACUGGAAGAAUGACCUAAAUAAAAAACAAUAACACAAAAGAACUUAUAUGAGGCCAGGGUUACCCAGGACACAAAUUCAGAAGAGAGUAUAACUCCAAAACACCCAUGAGCAAAGCCUCAAAGAAAAACAGAACUUACUCAGAAGAUCAAUUAGAUUUCCUAGAAAAAAAUAAUGCAAGAUUUUAAAAUAGAAGAAAGAACUAGGGGAAAUGACAGCUAUGGAGGAGAGACUUGGAAAGGGAAUUAACAAGAAAUACAAAAUCUUACCCAAGUAAUACACUUCCUAAAAAUUAGACUUGCCCUAAACAGAUAUUAAGGAAUUCAUGACAAUUUUGUUGUUCAGUCAUUUCAGUUGUAUCCAACUCUUUGUGACUCCAUUUGGAGUUUUCUUGGCAAAGAUAGUGAAGUAGUUUACAAUUUCCUUCUCCAGCUGAUUUUACAGAAGGAAACUGAGGCAAGCAGGGUUAAGUGAUUUGACCAGUGUCACCCAGCUAGUAAGUACAGGCUAGAUUUGAUCUCAGGAAAAUAAAUCUUCCUGACUCUAGGCUUGGUACUCCCUCCACUGUCCACCUAGUUAUCACACAAGACAAUAAUAAAUAAAUACUAAAGCAAAGUCAAAAGAUUAAAAAAAAGGGAAAAUGUAAGAUACAUUAUAUCAAAAAUAACUGACAUGGAAACCAUUAAGGAGGAAAAAAAACCCAGUAAAAAUCAUUGGGCUACCUCAAAACCAAUGACCAAAAAGUUAGCCUAGAUAUAACAUUUCUAGAAUCAUGAAAAAAAAAAUGACCCAGAUCUCUUAGAACCAGUGAUCAAAAUAAAAAUGGAAAGUACUCACUGAUCACCUCUUUUUUUUUUUAAAUUUUUAAACUGUUACCUUCUGUUUUGGAGUCCAUACUGUGUAUUGGCUCCAAGGCAGAAGAGUGGUAAGGGUUAGGCAAUGGGGGUUAAGUGACUUGCCCAGGGUCACACAGCUGGGAAGUGUUUGAGACCAGAUUUGAACUGAUCACCUCUUAAAAGAAACCCAAAAUGAAAACUCCAAGGAACAUUAUAGUUAAAAUGCAGAGCUGAGCUUUCAGGUCAAGUUAAAAAAAUACUUUAAACUGCCAGAAUUCAAUCACCACAAAGCCAAAGUUAAGAUCACAUAAAGUUGAGAAGCUAUCAUGACGAAGGAGAGAACAGUUAUAGGCUAGCAAUCAAGAAUAACUUCUGCAUUUGUAUUGAAAUAGAGGAUUUCUAAGCAUUCCUGGUGAAAAGACCAAAACUUAGUAGAAACCAUGAAAUAAAAAUUCAGAAGCAAAGAGAAAAAUAGAAAGUUCUAAAGAUAAAUGAUUAAUUGGAAAUGGUUUUAUAAUGAUAAAGUGUUUGCAUUCUACUGGGGAAAGUAGGAUAAUACAAGUAUCCCUAAAAACCAUGUUUUCAGCAGAAGUCAUAGAGGGAAUCAAAUAAGUGGGGGACCUGGGAAGGUUUGUUAUAAUUUGAAAAAUUAUAGGAAUAUAAAUAUAAAUUAUAUUUAAAGGAGAAAGGGAACAAAAAAGUACAGUAUAAAAAAAUGGAGGAACUAGGGGAUUUAUCUCACAACAGCUUGAAUGUAAAUAGAAGUCUAUACAAAUUAGGAAGAAAUAGGAAGAGAGGGUACCAUUUGAACAUCACUUUGAAUAAGUUGAGUGAAGUGAAUAGAAAGAGAAUAAUUUAUACUAUAACAACAUUGUUAAAAUGAACAGUUUUUUAAAAACUUAAGAACUCUAAUUAGUGUAAUGAUCAACCAUUUUUUCAUAGAAUGGCCAAGUUAGAAUAAUACACAUAUCCUGAAAAA